UAAUUUCAUUUUGUGACUAAACAUAUUAUCUACCUCUGUUUACAGAAGCCAUGUCAACUUCGGACUGUUUUCACCGGAACAAAUGCACCAAUAUGCACAUAUUCAUUGUGUCAGCAAAAACCUGUACAAUCAGGAUCAAAGCCGUACCCCUGUCCCUUUUGGGGUGCUAGAUUCACACAUGGGCACAAGCACUAAAGAUCGGAGCUGUGAGACAUGUGGCAAACCAUUGGCUGAUUGUGUAGGUCACUAUGGUUACCUUGAUCUGGAACUUCCAAUCUUUCAUGUUGGAUUCUUUAGGUCAACAAUUGUCAUUUUGCAAAGCAUUUGUAAGACAUGUGCCAGAGUACUGUUACCACCUCAAGAAAAGAAACAAUUUCUUGAUCAACUAAGCAGAUCAGGUGUCUCAUCUUUAAUGAGGAAGAGCUUAAAGAAAAAGAUUGUGGAAAAGUGCAAAAAGAUUUCUCAUUGUCCAUACUGUGAGACAUUAAAUGGUAACUCACUGUUGGAUAUCUUUAUACAAAUCCUUUUAACUAAACUGUGUCUGUUUCCCAAGAAAGGCUCCAGAGGAUUUGUGCAAAGACUAAAGGGGAAACAAGGUCGGUUUCGUGGGAAUCUGUCUGGCAAGAGAGUGGACUACUCCGGACGCACGGUCAUCUCACCUGAUCCUAAUCUUCACAUUGAUCAAGUAGCAGUUCCAGUACAUGUGGCAAAGGUUCUCACUUACCCCGAACGAGUAACAGAGGCCAACAUACAACUGAUGAAGCAGCUGAUAUUGAAUGGAGCUGAUAAACAUCCAGGAGCCAACUUCAUUCAGCAACGGCAAACAAACAUCAGAAAAUUUCUCAAGUAUGGCAAUAGAAAACAGAUCAUUAAGGAAUUGAAGUAUGGAGAUAUCGUUGAAAGACAUCUCAUGGAUGGAGAUGUAGUACUGUUCAACAGACAACCCUCACUUCACAAGCUUAGCAUCAUGGCUCAUCAGGCGGUGGUGAGACCUCACCGAACAUUUCGUUUCAAUGAAUGUGUAUGCACCCCUUACAAUGCAGACUUCGACGGCGAUGAAAUGAAUCUUCAUUUGCCACAGACAGAGGAAGCUAAAGCUGAAGCGCUGACACUCAUGGGGGUCAAAUCGAAUUUAGUAACACCACGGAAUGGCGAACCUCUCAUAGCCGCCAUACAGGAUUUUAUCACAGGGGCUUAUCUGCUGACGCAGAAAGAUGUUUUUCUUGAUCGGAGCCAUAUCUCGCAGCUGUUGGCUUACAUCCUGGCUGGGAAAGACGUGAAUAUCAGAAUCGAUCUUCCGCGUCCAGUUAUACUUAAGCCAGUGAAACUUUGGACUGGAAAACAGGUGUUUAAUGUCAUACUGAGACCGAACAUGGACAUGCCAAUCAAAAUGAACCUUCGCACAAAAGGAAAACAGUACACGAGCGGAGAGGAUCUUUGUUUUAAAGACUCUUAUGUGGUGAUUCACAACAGUGAGUUGAUGUGUGGUGCAUUGGAUAAAGCUGUGCUGGGUUCUGGCUCUAAGAACAGUAUCUUCUAUGUGCUCCUCAGAGACUUCGGUGGUCAGGUAACUGCAAGAAAAAUAAUGAAAAUGUGCUGAUGUAAUUUUUUUAUAGGUAACAGAGGGUUUUCUAUUGGUAUUGGUGACGUCACGCCUGGCCACGGACUUCUGCAGGCAAAGGAUGAACUUCUCGAUAACGGUUAUUCCAAGUGUGACAGCUUCAUUCAGGAUUUUAAAGAAGGCAAGUUGCAAACACAGCCAGGGUGUAGCGCAGACGAUACUCUUGAGGCUGUUAUUCUGAAAGAGCUUUCUGUCAUAAGAGAUCACGCUGGAAAAGCUUGUCUACACGAGCUGCACAAGACCAACAGUCCUUUAACAAUGGCAGUAUGUGGUUCGAAAGGAUCGUUCAUCAAUAUUUCACAGAUGAUCGCCUGUGUUGGUCAGCAGGCCAUCUCAGGCAAGAGAAUCCCAAAUGGAUUUGAGGACAGAGCUUUACCUCACUUCAAACGACAUUCCAAGUCUCCGGCUGCCAAAGGAUUUGUCAAAAAUAGCUUCUACUCCGGCCUUACUCCCACAGAAUUCUUCUUUCACACCAUGGCUGGCAGAGAAGGACUUGUGGAUACUGCCGUUAAAACUGCUGAAACUGGAUACAUGCAAAGACGACUUGUUAAGUCGUUGGAAGAUCUCGCCACGCAGUAUGACUUGACAGUAAGAAAUUCAGUCGGGGACAUUGUGCAGUUCAUGUACGGUGGAGAUGGACUGGAUCCCACUGACAUGGAGGGAAAGGAUAAACCGCUGGACUAUACGCGCGUGUUCAGUCACGUUCAGUGUUCAUUCCCUAUGAAAGACGAAGAACCUCUCAGUUCAAAAGAGAUUCUCCAAGUGGCUUUACCAGUUUUAGACGGCUCGGACUUUGAACACUGUGGCACGGAAUUCACGAAGGAUUUAAGAACAUUUGUUGAAGACAUUGCCAAGAGAGUUGAGAAAAGACAUCUACAGCUAUCUCCCUCCCAAAUGAGUGCUUCUGAAACAAGUCGAUCCAACGUGUUUUCAUGGGUAGACCGCUGCACCAAGUCACAGCUGACGCACUUCCUGAACCUUUGCAAGGAAAAAUACUCAAGAGCUAAGAUUGAACCGAGCACUGCAGUGGGAGCCCUGUGUGCUCAGAGUAUUGGGGAACCUGGUACGCAGAUGACUCUGAAAACAUUUCACUUCGCUGGGGUAGCUUCAAUGAACAUCACUCUUGGUGUUCCUCGUAUCAAGGAGAUCAUUAACGCGUCCCGAUUCAUCAGCACACCAAUUAUCUCUGCUCCUCUGAUGAAUGACAAAAAUGCUGACGAGGCCCGUGGGGUUAAGGGUCGCAUCGAGAAAACACUACUUGGGGAGGUUUCAGAGUUCAUCGAGGAAGUGUUUCUACCCAACAGCUGUUUUAUUCUUGUCAAACUGGCCAUGGACAGGAUUAAACUACUCAAGCUCGAAGUAGAUGUUGAUUCCAUAAGGUUUGCAAUUUGCAAUACAAGAAAGCUGAAAUUAAAACCUCAGCAAGUGACCGCUCUUAGCAAAUCAGAGCUGUGUAUUUUUCCCAGUGAAAGCAGCAAGUCUUCCCUUCAUUAUACAAUGCAACAGCUGAAAUCUGAUCUUCCCAACGUACUCAUAAAGGGACAUAGAAAUGUUAACCGCGCCAUCAUCCAUGUUGACGAAGCUCAGGGAGACACUUACAAGCUGUUAGUGGAAGGAGAUGAUUUGCUGUCUGUUAUGUCCACAGUUGGUGUUAAAGGCACAGCCGCCACUUCCAACAACACAGCUGAAGUAGAAAAAGUUCUUGGAAUCGAAGCUGCCAGGUUUGAAAAGACUUCGGAUCAUUUGUUUGACGCAGCUCUGCACGGUCAGACAGACUCCAUUGAUGGUGUCAGCGAGUGUAUUAUUAUGGGAAUUCCUAUGAGUAUUGGUACAGGAAUGUUCAAACUCCUUCACAAGCCAGAAAAAACAGGUCCACCGAGCCGGAGAAACUUAAUUUUUGACAACCCUGCAUUUCAUUUGCCGGAAUCUGCCAUGGACGUGGUGAGGUAGCAAAAGGAAUGAAAACGAACUUUGCACUUAUAUUUGAACUGAUUGCGGUUAUAAAGUUGUAUAUACAAUUAAGAGCAAUGUAAUUAGUCUCAAGACUGUUCUUAUCGACAAUUCAUCCCCAAAAACAUUCCUUGAAAAAUCCUUAAUAGGCCCAUGUCACAAUGUGAAAUUAUUAGCAAAGUUAGCUCUUACACCAAAGUCCAAAUUCCAGAUACCUAUAUAAAAAUCUGCUUUCUUACAUAAUGGGGAGCCUUGAUCGUCAGAAUAAAAAAAAUGCAUAUGUUCAGAAAGAA